GAUCCUAUCCUCUAGGUCAGUGGAAGAUGUCGUGCAUAGCACACUCUCUGGGCAUGUGGCUGCCCUCCCCCAACUCCCAGAAUUCCUUAUUAGAAAGGCAGAGGGCCUCUGGUGGAGCUGCUGCUCCUUUCCCCCUCUCCACUGUCUGAUGACAUUUUUUUUCACAUCACCCAUCUCUAUGCCCAGCAGCCCAGUGGGAACACUUUUUCUUCCAUCACUGCAUCUAGGUUGUAAGACCACAGACUUAAAGCUGGAAGGGAAAUUUAAAGGAUAUUCUAGUACAACCCCUUCAUUUUUUUUUUUACAGAUAAGGAAACUGAAGCCCUGAGUGAUUUGCUCAAGGCCUUGUAACUCCAGAGGCCCUUUCCACCCUCUCCUGGAACUUGAGGGUUAUAAACUACUGAAUCUCCAACUUUACCAGACACACAAGCAUGCAUAACUUUAGCAAAUUCUCUGGGCUUCCCUCCUAAUUAGGAGUGACCCUGGCCCUCACCUGAGGGGUGGAAAGUUUCUAGGUCUCUUUUUAGAUUCAUUUUGGAAGGCUGUGUCCCUAAAAGAAUGAUGCCAAAUUUUAGUCUAAAGGAUAGCUAUGGAGCAUAUGUUGAUUGGCUGGCAGUAGAGAGAAAACUGAAUCAGGAUUGCAUAUAGUUAUAUUGUUUCAAGGUUCUGAAACAGGAUGAAUGGUCAAAAAACAGACCCAACAGCACUACAAUUUUGAACAGUUCCCUACAAUCAAGAAAUCUGCCAUCUCAGAAGGGCACAAGUCAGAAAUCACCAUGCCUCCCAACAAAGAGGCCAACAGCUUUGCCAGCCCCCCGCCAGGGCUCAUCUGCCUCCCUCCUAUCUCAGAGGAGCUACAGCUCGUAUGGACCCAGGCUGCCCAGACCAGUGAGCUAGAUGGCAACGAGCACUUGUUACGGACUUUCAGCUACUUUCCCUACCCCAGCCUAGCAGACAUUGCUCUGCUCUGCCUUCGUUAUGGACUGCAGAUGGAGAAAGUUAAGACCUGGUUUAUGGCCCAGCGCCUACGCUGUGGCAUCAGCUGGUCAUCAGAAGAGAUUGAGGAGACUCGGGCCAGGGUUGUCUACAACCGGGACCAACUCCACUUCAAAUCCCUUCUUUCUCUUACUCAUCAUGCAGGGCGACCCCCUGAGGAUGUUCCCACCCCAGGGCCACACCCAGACUCAGCUGGUACCCACAUUGGCCCUCUGACACUUAGUGAGACCCAUCAGGUGAAACGAUUGAAGAUGGAGCCUGAAGAGGCCUCCUCACUAUCCCUGGGCCACCAUAAGGCCAAGGAACCCCUAGUUGUACCUGGCAGUGGGGCCUUCCCCCAUCAAGCUGGUUUUUGGCAGGAACUACAAAGUGGUCUCUCCAAGGAGCUAGUAAGCAGAGGCCCUGACCAUCAACCACAUGGCCUGGGAACUACUGCCUGGGACCCUUCUACAGGCUUCCAUCUGCCACAUACCCGGGACAGGCCCUCACCUAUUACAUUGCUCACUAAUAGUUGCAAGCAAGAGCCAGCGUCCAUCAUGCCUCCUUCUUCCUCUACCUCUUCUUCUUUCCGAGUAAUGGCUAAUGGAGCCCCUGCCUCCUCUAAACCCCUUCAGUCACUGGGAUGUGUUCCUCAGCCACCCUCCCCCAAUGAACAGGCACUCCCUCCUCAUUUGGAGCCAGCUUGGCCCCAGGGUCUACAACAUAGCCCAGGGCCAGGCAGAGUUGCUUCUGUAGAGUACUACUUCCCAGAUAUGCAGCGCCAACGUAAGACCAAGCGAAAGACCAAAGAACAACUGGCCAUUCUAAAGUCCUUCUUUUUACAGUGUCAAUGGGCUCGUCGUGAGGAUUACUGUAAACUGGAACAGAUCACUGGCCUGCCCAGGCCUGAGAUUAUCCAAUGGUUUGGUGACACCCGAUAUGCCCUGAAGCAUGGACAACUGAAGUGGUUUCGGGAUAAUGCAGUGCCUGGUCCUCCCAAUUACCAGGAACCUGCUACCCCUUCUCCACAGUCCCUAGCCCGGCCCUUGCAAGAAUGGGCUGAGAUGCCACCACCACCCCUCCCUCCCCCUCCCCCAGACACAAGUCCACUGGAGCGGUACUGGACAGCUCACCAGCAGCUACGAGAAGAUGACCUCCCUAGGCUGAGUUUAGAGUCAGGGUUGAGCACCCAGCAAGUGUUAGACUGGUUCUACUCUCGAUCACCUGAGCCAGCAGAGGUGGUAGUUUGUCUGGAUGAAGAAGAGGAAGAAGAAGAGGAAGAAGACCUUCCAGAAGAGGAUGGGGGUGAGGAAGAAGAGGAAGAAGAAGAGGAAGAGGAUGAAGUGAUCAUACAAGAUUAAGUGGGGGAUUAGGGAGGGGAUGUUGUUAUUAGAAGAUGAACCAACUUAGUGACUGUUUAAACAAACAAAACCCACAUUUUUCUUACCUUGUUGGCAAAGAACUUAAAGGUUGUGUGUUUGGUAUGGGGAAGGUGGGGACAUGGGCAAAAAGUAAAGGUCUUGGGGGUGGGGAGACAGGAAACCAGAAA